UUGUUCAAGAAAGAGUCUGCUAAUGAUGGCAAACUGCUGAAGAGGAUUCUUGUGUGGAUGGUAUUUGACACUAGCAAACCUUACCAAACAGAGGACGGACCCAGGUUCUAUAGGAGAAUAAUUAAAAGAGGAGACAUUAAGAUGUCGGAGCCUCCCGGGUGCUGCAUAUGUCUGGAUGAGGUCACCACCCCUGCCUCCCUCCCCUGCGGACACUGCUUCUGCCUCGGGUGCAUAGGGGAAUAUUGGCGGAUCCAUGACUCCUGCCAGUGCCCUCUCUGUAAAGCAGUCUUCCCCGACAGGACGCGGCUUCAAACCGGCCAGGCUCCUCAGACCCAGGACGCCGCCGCCCCUCUGAAAGCCGGGGAGGUGGCCUGCGAUUUCUGCCGCACCAGGCGGCCGGCGGUCAAGUCCUGCAUGCGGUGCCUGGCCUCGUACUGCGCCGCCCAUCUGGAGCCGCACUACCGGAGCGACGCGCUGGGACGCCACCUUCUGAUCGGCGUGGCCAAAAACCUGGAGGACUCGGUGUGCAGGCUCCACGGGAGGAGGCUGGAGCGCUUCUGCAAGAGCGACCAAACCUGCAUUUGCACCAAGUGUGCUCGGACAGAGCACAGGGGUCACCGCAUCACAUCUGUCAGCCAAGAAGCCGCAAAGAAGAAGGUUAAGCUUAACCACAGGCGGCUGAAACUUCAGCAGGAGAUUCAGCAGAGACUGGGGCAGGUGGAGAAAAUGAAGCUCUCGACAGCGGAGCGGACCCAGAACGGAGAGCUCGCCCGACAGCUGGAAGAGGAAAUCACAGAGCUGCAGGGCGCCGAUGAGGAGCUGGAGAGGCUCUCACACACUGAAGACAGCCUGCAUUUCCUACAGAGAUUCCCACACUGUGAACGUGAUGAUGGAUCCAAAGACAUGGCUUCCAGUUCCAAUUCCCCCGGUGACUCGGGCUCACUUCAGAAGCAUCUCAGCUGCUCCGUCUGCAUGGAGACCUUCAAAGAUCCCGUCACCACAGCUUGUGGUCACACCUUCUGCAGGAAAUGCCUGGACCUCCACAUCGAACACGCUUCGUCCUCGUGCCCCCUUUGCAAGACGCAUUUGAACAAAGCCCCAAGUGUGAACAUCGUGCUCAGAGACAUCAUCCAACUGAACAACAAGCCGAGACGCCGACCUCCCAAUGAGUUCACCGGGGGUCCCGGAGAGGUGAGAUGUGACGUCUGCACAGAGCCCAAUCUCAAGGCUGAGAAGUCCUGCCUCGUGUGUCUGGCCUCCUACUGUUCAACACACAUCCAGAAUCAUUAUUCAGCUGAGAGGCUGAAGGGCCACAAGCUGGUGGAACCAGUGGGGGACAUGGACGCAAGGGCCUGUUUGAUCCACGGACGUCCCCUGGAGCUGUUCAGCAGGAACCAGCAGAAAUGUGUCUGUGUUCAGUGCAUUGACAGGCAGGAGGAAGUGGUCUCAGCCGAGGAGGAAUGCCAGGCAAAGAAGGCUCAACUUGAUGACAUCAAGAAAGAUUUUCAGCAGAAGAUUAGGGAAAGAAGAGCAAAAAUGGAUGAGAUCAACACAGCUUUGAGGAGCUGCAAGGACCAGCUGGACAGUGAGUGGUGGGAUAUCGAUAAUGUGUUCCAAGCUGUGCUGGCUAUAGUGGAGGCUGCGCAGAAGGCCAUAUUGAAGCCGGUGGAGGAGAAGAGGCGCUCACUGGAAACGGAAGCAGAAGGCCACAGCGAGAAGCUGAAAGCUGAAAUAAAAAAACUGGAGAUUUUGAUGUCCGAAAUUGACGACUUCUCGGCGCUGGAGGACCACAUGCUGUUCUUACAGAGGUUCCCGUCAGUUGCAGUCCACAGUGACCUCAUGGACUGGACAGGGGUCAAGCUCGACACGUCACUGUCGUUUGGCACCAUGAUAAAAACUACAACAAUGGCGAUGGAAAAAAUUCAACAGGAGCUCCACAAACUGUCUGCUAUAGAGCUGAGGAGAGUCCCAAAGUUUACAGUGGACGUCAAACUGGAUCCGGCCACCGCUCACAAACGCCUCGUUGUUUCUGAUGACGGCAAAGAAGUGAAGGAUGGAGGAGAGGAGCAGGAAUUGGAAGAUUCCCCUGCCAGGUUCGACCUGUUCGGCAGCGUCCUGGGGCUCUGCGGCCUCGCCUCCGGGAAGUCGUACUGGGAGGUGGAGGUCGGCCACAAGACGGGGUGGGAUCUGGGUGUGGUGAGAGGAAGCAGCAGCCGCAGGGGGAAACUGAAGGUGAACCCAGAUCACGGCUUCUGGGCUCUGGUUCAUUACGAAGAGGAGAACUACGCCGCCAUGACGGAGCCACCCCUCCGUCUCUCCCCCAGAGCAAAGCCAAAGAAGGUGGGCGUGUUUGUGGACUACGAGGAGGGUCUGGUCUCCUUCUACGACGUGACGGCUCGGUCUCACAUCUACUCCUUCCAUAAGUGCUCAUUCACCAAUGAGCUUUACCCGUAUUUCAGUCCACAUGUGAAGCAGGGCGAGAAAAACUCCGAGCCGUUGGUUAUUUCUGCUGAGAAACAAUCUGAAGGUGAAGUGGAAAGGGAGCAGAUGGAUGCGAACAUGAGCCUCCAGGUGUGCCACUACUGUGGCUGGUCCAAAGUGACCACCUACCGGGGCUUGAGGAUCCACCAGAGCAGAAUGGGUUGCACGCCGAAGGGUGCGCGGGUUGCGGAUCCCGAGCAGCAGCAGCGUCGGCAGGAGGCCGAGGCCUACAACCCUGACCUGAGCCUCUGGGUUUGCCAAUACUGUGGCUGGAGGAAUGUGACGACCUAUCGGGGGUUGAGAAUUCACCAGGGGAGGGUGGGCUGUACUCCAAAGGGAGUGAGAAUCCCUAGAGCCGAGCAUUAUCACCAGGAAUUAUUCUGGAAAGAACUGAGGCCACAACCUCAAGCGAAGAGAGACGCUGUCAAGGAACAGGAUUUUCCGGAGCCCCCAAAGGCGAGCAGGCCCCGCGGAUCGGCGGCGGCCCAGGCGGAAGCGUGGAGUGGAUCGGCGGCCUCUGCAGCUCCUCGCCGCUACUCCCUCGGAUCGGCCAGUCCAGACCGAGGCCGCCGGCCGGAGGAGUUCUCCAAACGUCCACAGGUGGACAGACCAGUAUGGGAGCCUUCGAGAGCUGCUGCUGCUGACCCCACAUGUGCAGUCCCAGCCAAAAAGAAAAACACCAAGCGCCAGACGUCACCACGGAAAACGUACACUGGAACCGUGGAGGAGCUCGAGCCAUCGUCUGGGAGCCCAGAAGCGUCUGCCCGGAGAGCCUCAGUGGCGGCACCAGUUCAGCAGCUGCAGGGCCCUGCUGCCGUCCAGGCAAAAAGACAGACGGCGGGGCCCCCGGCUGAUCCGUCAGUCCGACCCAAAGAGAGAGACGGGCGCCAUCAGACACUCCCACAGGUAAGCAGACCAGCCAGGAACCAGCGCUCCUCUCCGCCUGUGCCACCUGUGGUGCGUCCUAAGACGAAGGGCCCGGCCACGCUCAUGGAGCAGCGGGAGGGACCCCAGUGUCAGCUACUGCGAGAAAUUCAGAACACCUCGCGAAGAGAAAACAAGAUGGGAGACGAGGAAAAGCGAGGCAAAGACCCUGCUGAGCUGGCGUCUGAGACUAAGACAUCAGCCUGGAAGCGGCUGUCGAAUCCCCCCCCAGUUCCACCGAGGAGAAGCCACUCCGUUUCGCUGAAGGCGAAGCGCGAGAAGUCCAAACCGCAGAUGGAGCAAGAGACUCUGAGUUGUGUGAGAGGAAAAUGUCCACCGGGAGAAAAGACAUCAGAGAAGGUGAAGAGAGCGACUGUUACAAGCGGCGGAGUUCUGUCUGCUACACAAACAGCAGCAGCACACGCCGCCAAACACUCGCCGGAGGAGGAUCCGACGCCACCGUCUGGAUCGGCGCGGCCUGAUUUGGGCCGCGGCCGGAAGGUGGAGUGGGCUCCCGGUGAAAGGAGGGGGGACGCCGUCCAGGUGAGGGAGCUGGCGCAGAGGUUUUCAAACACCGAGGCCCGAGAAAAACCAGUGGGACCGGGGGGAAGAGUCGGAGGCGGACGCGGGCUCUCACAGGCAACGUUCCUUGAUCUGAAAAUCUCAGUGACGACGGACCAGGAAACGGCAGCCCAACCAAAAGAAGAGGACGGAGAGGGAGAAGAGCUGCAAACGGUGAGGCAGCUCGUUCGGAUGUUUUCCGCCAUGGUAACGGCUUCUUUUGGAGUGCUUCCGGGGACCGAGGCAAUCGCUCGCAGGGUCCGAAACCACUUCGCUCCCGGAGCUCGCCACUGGGUUGAAGGUCAGGGAUCUGACUCGGAUGUGUUCGGAGACCACGGCGUGAAGGAGCAGCCUGACCAAAGGAGAGGCAGAGAAAUUGAGAAAAAAAGGGGGCAGCCUGACAUCAAACCUCCUCUAGAAAAAGAGAAAAACGACCCAUAACUCUUCUGCUUUCACUGUUCCACACUGUCCGUGUGCAAGCCUUUUUUGCCUUAAAAAUGUCACAUGCUGUUAGGAUCAUCUUAUAUUUACUAGUUUUAGACUUUUACUUUAUUUCUGGAUUGCAUGUUUUGUUGAUUUUAAGAAUGAUGCUCCGACGCUGGGCUGUCUGUGGUUGCAUUCCCAAGUUCCUCUUCUUUCUACGAGACAUUAGAUACUUAUAUACACAUUUCUUAUCACAUCUCAGUGAAACGUGCAUGGAUUAGGACCUUGUCCUGAUCAGGUCAGAGGGUUCUGGUUGUGUCCAGCCUUCCUGCUGUACGGGGCAGGCCCAGCCCAAGAACAUAGAUGUCCAUCAAACCCGGAAAUCCGGGCACUUUUCUGACAGAGAUCCUAUCAGAAGAGAUUUGUCAAUUAAGAGCCCAGCGCUGAGUGAAUUUACCUGCCACCCAAAAAAAGGACUCACUUGCACUCUGAUCAUUUCUCUGGUUUACCCUCAGGCCUCCAAUAUAAGAAUC